GUCCCGGCCCGGCCAGCGCCGGCUGCUCGCUGCGCCGUGAGGCUGCGGGGUCCCGGUCGCCGCGCCGCCCCUUCCUCCCCCCCAGGUGCUGCCAGGCGCGCCCGCCCUGCGUCCGGCUCCCGGACCCGCGGUGCAACGCACAGCCUGCUGCUGCCCUGCUCCGCCCGGAUCAUGCAGGGGGCCCCAGAGAAGGAGAGGGCGAGUGACUGGGCUGCGCCGGCCGUGUUCGGGAGGCGCCCCCAUCUCUGAGACGCCCUCACCUCCUGCCAUGUGCCGCCGCAACGGGUACCCAGCCUGCCGCUAAACUUUGCGGGCGCCGGCCCGGCUCCGAGUCACGUUUCCGAGCGAGCAGCAAGUGCUGGGGACCGCCUGCCCCUCUCCAGCGGGAUCUGCGGAGAGUCCCUUGCCUGGAAUCGGAGCCCUGACCGUCUCUCCCCGAGCGCUGCCCGCGGAGGCAGCGCCUUCCCGGAGCAGUUUAUCUUUGGACGGCUUUCUCUAAGAGAAAAAGAAACCAACAGGUUGCCAGCCCCGGCGGCGCGCGAGCGUACACACACACAGAGAGACACACGAGGGACGCGGAGAGGGACGCGCCGGCCCCGGAUUCCUCUGCCUGCGCUGGCCCCUCUCAGGCAGCGGGAGGCGAGGGGAGGGAGGGGGCGAUGGCUCGGCCUGACCCGUCCGCGCCGCCCUCGCUGCUGCUGCUGCUCCUGGCGCAGCUGGCGGGCCGGGCGGCGGCCGCCUCCAAGGCCCCGGUGUGCCAGGAAAUCACGGUGCCCAUGUGCCGCGGCAUCGGCUAUAACCUGACGCACAUGCCCAACCAGUUCAACCACGACACGCAGGACGAGGCGGGCCUGGAGGUGCACCAGUUCUGGCCGCUGGUGGAGAUCCACUGCUCGCCGGACCUGCGCUUCUUCCUGUGCUCCAUGUACACGCCCAUCUGCCUGCCGGACUACCACAAGCCGCUGCCGCCCUGCCGCUCGGUGUGCGAGCGCGCCAAGGCCGGCUGCUCGCCGCUCAUGCGCCAGUACGGCUUCGCCUGGCCCGAGCGCAUGAGCUGCGACCGCCUGCCCGUGCUGGGCCGCGACGCCGAGGUCCUGUGCAUGGAUUACAACCGCAGCGAAGCCACCACGGCGCCCCCGAGGCGCUUCCCGGCCAAGCCCACGCCCGCAGGCCCCGCGGGGGCGCCGGCCGCGGGGGCCGAGUGCGCGGCGGGCGGCCCGUCGGUGUGCAAGUGCCGCGAGCCCUUCGUGCCCAUCCUGAAGGAGUCGCACCCGCUCUACAACAAGGUGCGCACGGGCCAGGUGCCCAACUGCGCGGUGCCCUGCUACCAGCCGUCUUUCAGCCCGGACGAGCGCACGUUCGCCACCUUCUGGAUCGGCCUGUGGUCCGUGCUGUGCUUCAUCUCCACCUCCACCACCGUGGCCACCUUCCUCAUCGACAUGGAGCGCUUCCGCUACCCCGAGCGCCCCAUCAUCUUCUUGUCGGCCUGCUACCUGUGCGUGUCGCUCGGCUUCCUGGUGCGCCUGGUCGUGGGCCACGCCAGCGUGGCCUGCAGCCGCGAGCACAGCCACAUUCACUACGAGACCACGGGCCCCGCCCUGUGCACCGUCGUCUUCCUGCUCGUCUACUUCUUCGGCAUGGCCAGCUCCAUCUGGUGGGUCAUCCUGUCGCUCACCUGGUUCCUGGCGGCCGGCAUGAAGUGGGGCAACGAGGCCAUCGCGGGCUACGCGCAGUACUUCCACCUGGCCGCGUGGCUCAUCCCCAGCGUCAAGUCCAUCACGGCGCUGGCACUGAGCUCCGUGGACGGGGACCCCGUGGCUGGCAUCUGCUACGUGGGCAACCAGAACCUGAACUCGCUGCGGGGCUUCGUGCUGGGCCCGCUGGUGCUCUACCUGCUGGUGGGCACCCUCUUCCUCCUGGCGGGCUUCGUGUCGCUCUUCCGCAUCCGGAGCGUCAUCAAGCAGGGCGGCACCAAGACAGACAAGCUGGAGAAGCUGAUGAUCCGCAUCGGCAUCUUCACGCUGCUCUACACGGUGCCCGCCAGCAUCGUGGUGGCCUGCUACCUGUACGAGCAGCACUACCGCGAGAGCUGGGAGGCGGCGCUCACCUGCACCUGCCCGGGCCCCGACGCCGGCCAGCCGCGCGCCAAGCCCGAGUACUGGGUGCUCAUGCUCAAGUACUUCAUGUGCCUCGUGGUGGGCAUCACGUCGGGCGUCUGGAUCUGGUCCGGCAAGACGCUGGAGUCGUGGCGGCGCUUCACCAGCCGCUGCUGCUGCCGCCCGCGGCGCGGCCACAAGAGCGGCGGGGCCGUGGCCGCCGCCGGGGACUACGCCGAGGCCAGCGCCGCGCUCACCGGCAGGACCGGGCCUCCGGGCCCCGCCGCAGCCGCCGCCGCCGCCUACCACAAGCAGGUGUCCCUGUCGCACGUGUAGGAGGCCGGGAGGGGAGGGGGUGGUUUUGUUUGGUAGCUUUGCCAAGGUCACUUCCGUUUACUUCCGUGGUGCUGAUGCCCCCUCCCGGGGGCGACGUGGAG